AUGACAUCAGAAGUAAAUGUGGAACAGCUAGAGAUAUCCAAAAAUCUUUUGCAAAUGAACUUUAUGCGACGCACCCUUCUGGCUAAAGAACGUGCUACGGGCGUUAGUGUGCAGGAACCAACACUUCAAUCUGUAGAAUGUGAAUUCUUCAUGCCUGACAGUGCGAUGAAGAGGCUUUCCGAAACAUUGGAUGCCCUCUCCAAAAGCCCUGUUGUUCGACACACGGCUGACUGUGGACGUCCCGCGAGUGUCUAUCUUCGAGCCAGCUACAAUGGCUUCAAUCCGCACCUCACAGCCCUCCUCAACAACGAUCCUUCCGCCGCCCCCAGCUCUCUGCCUACAAAACCGAAGGAAGAGGCUGCUUCCGGCAAACAGAAACAGCGCAAGUUGCUUGCCUCCUACAAGCGGCACUCCCAAGGUAUGUUUGUAUAUCUACAGCGCAUUUGCUAG